CUCUCACAGCUAAGAUGAAUCCAGACCAGGUGUUGACAAUGAGGAGCAAGUCCGAGUAUAAUGUGAAAAUACCAAGUGACAAAGCUUCGACUUGCAGCAUCACUGGCAUUUGCAGUCUUCCUAGUGGUCAUGUCAUUGUUGUAGAUAACACAAAUAAGAAGGUGAUACUGUUAGACAAAAGUUGCAAUGUGUCCAGUCACUGUGAUGUGUCUGAUCCUCCAUUAGACAUUUGCCCAAUCACGUCCAGUGAGGUGGCUGUUACUGUUAUGUGUGAUGUACAGUUUAUCUCUAUUAGUAAUGGGCAGCUGGUGAUUGGGAGGAAAAUGGAGUUAUCGCAUUAUGCUGUUGGCAUUGCCCACCAUCAGGGAGCAUUGUAUAUCACUGAUUACACUGCUCUCUACCAUUACCCACUGACUGGGACACUUGCGAAAAAGAUUUAUGAGGAUACAGGAGGUGACUGGACAGUGUUCAAAUGUGCACUAAGUCCUGAUGGUGAACGGAUCUUUGUCACUAACAUCACAAACCACAAGCUUCUCACUCUGGCCAAAGAUGGAGCCCAUCUGUCGACCUUCACUGACUCUUUUCUACACUACCCAAAUGGGCUACAUGUAACACCUGCAGGACAGGUCCUUGUCUGCGUACAUGGCUCCGUUACUGUGAUACAGGUGGAUCAUGAGGGAAGAAAGAAGCUGGCGACUCUUGCUUCAAAAAAAGAUGGAUUAAGAGGACCAUUGUCUGUCUGCUACAAUACCAACACUCACCAGAUCAUUGUGGGACAAAAUAAUAACAAUAAAAUAACUGUUAUGGAAUUGCAAUAGCUCUUCAAGAGGAAAAUAACACAUUGAUAUAAACACUAUUAAAAAAGUAAUAUUUCCAUUUUUUCUGUGAAUGGUUGAUUAAGCCAUGGCAGUUUAUAUCUUGGCAAGAAGAAGAGCAUAUUCAUAUAGUUCAUCUUUCGUAAUUAACAACUUAAUAAUGUUAUUUUUAUGAACAUAUGACAUUUUAAUGCACCCAAGAUAGCACCAUUUAAAAAAACAAGCCGUAUGAUAACUAGUAUUUAUGUUGAUGAUGAUUAGUAAUUUUGUCAGUCUUCAGGUCAGGUGUUGUCACAGAACAAUUGAUAUUAUUAUAGUAACAUAUAACAUGUACUAUGAUAAAUAAUUAUUGAGGUGUAUUAAUAUUCCAGAAUUUGUGCCAGUUUGGUAGUUGCGCCAAUCGUAGUCUAUUGAAGUCAUUAUACUACAAGGCUAAUGUUUUAGAAGAACAAUACUCUGAAAUUCAAUAAAAUGUUACAAUUAGUUGGACACAUUUCUUGACAAUUAAAAAACUUCAGGUUUACAUUUUUGAUGUACUAGUGAAUCCGAAUUUUUAGAUUUAUUUUAUCACUUUAGUAAUACUAUGUUUUUUGUUUUCUGUAAAUGUUGCUCUCUUUAUUUUGUCGUAAAACCCAAGAUAAACUAAAUAUUAAUUGAUGCGUUAAAGUUGUCCUCAUUUUUGUAAAAUAUAUAUUCAUAUGAUAUAAUUAUAAAAUUGCUUGCAAUAAUUACAAAAAUAUACGUGGAAAAUGAGAAAUAACAUCUAUGAUGUAUAACAAAUAAGGCAAUGGUUAAAUGGUGGUUGGGGUACUGAAUAUCGAAUUAAAAGACGGCCAUAGCAAAAACGAAUGUGUAUUGAUCAUUUAAUUUCUUUACUUAUAUUUUAUGCUGAUAUUUUUUUAUUGUUGUAAUACAAUUUCAAGCACUU